AUGUCUACUCCAGGCCUCCUCGGUGCCGAGGCAUAUGAGCUCCCUCCACACUCCUCCCACUCCAACCACUCCGACACCCCUAUCCUCGACGCAGAGAAAGGCCCUAAGCACAUCCGUCUAUCGUUCUACCAACGACUCCGACAUUUCACAUGGGCCUGGUACACCCUCACAAUGAGCACAGGAGGCCUAGCUCUUCUAAUGGCCGUGCAACCAAACCGAUUCAAAGGCCUCGACGAAAUCGGCAUUGCAAUCUACCUCUUCAACCUCCUCCUCUUCGCCCUCGUCUGUAGCCUGAUGGCAGCUCGCUUCAUAAUCCACGGUGGACUGGUGCAAUCCCUAGCGCAUGACCGAGAAGGCCUCUUCUUCCCGACCUUCUGGCUCUCAAUCGCAACAAUGAUCACCGGACUUGAAAAGUACUUCGGCGCCGACCCUGCACCCUCCUUUUCCACAACCCUCGAAGUCCUCUUCUGGCUAUACUGCGUCUGCACAUUCGCCGUCGCAACAAUCCAAUACUCCUUCGUCUUUUCUUCCGUCACAUACCGACUGCAAACAAUGAUGCCCUCCUGGGUCCUACCCGCAUUCCCAAUCAUGCUUAGUGGAACCAUUGCCUCAGUCAUUGCCGAACGUCAACCCGACCGCUCCGCCAUUCCUAUUGUGACCGCUGGAAUGACCUUCCAAGGCCUGGGUUUCUGUCUCAGCUUCAUGAUGUACGCACACUACAUUGGCCGACUCAUGGAAUCGGGUCUGCCGAACCGCGAGCACAGGCCGGGCAUGUUCAUCUGCGUUGGCCCACCAGCUUUCACAGCUCUUGCUCUCGUGGGCAUGGCCCGCGGUCUCCCAACCACUUUCAGCGUAAUGGGAAGCGUCGACACAGCCGAGGACGGACGGACGCUGGAGGUCCUUGCACUAGCUGCGGGAGCCUUCCUCUGGGCUCUGAGCCUUUGGUUCUUCUUCAUUGCACUUAUUGCUGUGAUUCGAUCCCCACCCACAGGUUUCCAUCUGAGUUGGUGGGCGAUGGUAUUCCCUAAUACGGGAUUCACCAUUGCAACCAUUACCUUGGGUAACUCGUUUGAGAGCAAAGGGAUUCAGGGCUUUGGAUCCGCAAUGUCAAUUUGCAUUGUCGCAAUGUGGAUUUUCGUUUUUGGUGCCCACGCCAAGGCCGUCUUGCGACAGGAUAUUAUGUAUCCUGGCAAAGACGAGGAUGUUUCGGAGUGA